AUGGACGUCGACACCAGCGAUUAUGUACUGGUCAGCAGCCGAGCACUAUCUGGAGGAAAACCCGAGACGAUAUGUAAGAUUAUAGACUGGCUAGAGCCGACGGAUUCGGAUUCCCCAGCCAGUGAGUAUCGAAAACACCUGAACUCCCAUGUGCCUGGUACAGGCCAGUGGAUUCUGGACACCGACCAAUAUCGCCAAUGGUUCGAAGGCGGUGACCAGGGCGCCCUUUGGAUCAGAGGCAUCCCAGGGAGUGGGAAGUCUGUAGUGGCUGCUAGUCUGGUCAGGAAGCUGCAACUUCAGGCCGAGUUUCCGGUCUUGUUUUUCUUCUUCCGCGAAAUUAUCAUGUCGAACCGCACGCCCCAGGCGUUGUUACGAGAUUUCGCCCGGGGCUUGCUGCCGCGCUGUCCGUCGCUCCAGUCUGGUCUCAAGCUACUGAUGGAAGAGCAUCCGAAAGUAGAGGCAGUGCCUUUCGAUGGGCUCUGGCGGUGCGUUUCGUUGGGGUUGGCGGCAAUGCCGAAAGUAUACUGUGUGGUUGACGCCUUAGAUGAGAUGGAAACGGGUCAUGUCAACUUCAUACGCUCGCUGAUUGACCUCGCAAAUCAACACCCCAGUUCUAUUAAGCUCGUGUUGACCAGUCGUCAGAUUCUGUUUCACGAGAAUCAUUUCCAGGGAACCUCUGGGCUCGUCGACUUGCGGCUCGACCGUCAACACGUAGACAAUGACAUCGCAACCUACAUCACCUAUCGCUUGAAUACCUCCCAGCCCCCAGUCAGCCCGGACCAAGCAGCUGCUAUCAAGGUGGCUUUUUGCUCCAAAGGGAAAGGAUUGUUCCUAUACGCCCGCCUAAUGAUGGAGCAGCUAUUAGCGCAACCCCAAGACAUCAUGUCGCGACUUGCCGACUUGCCAGAUGGGCUGAGAAAUAUGUACACAGAAAUACUGCGUGAGCAUGCGAUACGCUCUGGAACGAGCUCCCAGUUUCAACUAUUGGUUCUGCAGUGGAUCACGCAUUCAGUCCGUCCACUGCGCUUGCUUGAACUAGCAACCGCCAUCCAAUCUUUGCCGGAUCGAGGUGGCCUCAGAUCUGACCAGGAUGCAAAAGGCGCUGUGCAAAGCUCAUGUGGACCGCUCUUGGAGCUUUGCGAGGAUGGCGUGCUUCAAAUUAUCCAUCAUUCCUUGACGGAGUUCCUCCGGGAUCCUGAGCUAAGCCAUGCGCGAAGCUUAGGACCACAGGCCGGCAUGCAGUCCGUAGACUCUAACAUAAUACAUGGUCACAUUGCCAGUACUUGUAUUGAUUAUGUACUAACGGUGUGUGUCAACGAGUCUAACGCUAUAUAUGAGGAGGAUGGCAGCCAGUCCGACGAAUCUUUCUCCAGAAACCUCAAGGAGUCAUUUCGCCGAUACCCGUUCCUACGGUAUGCCGCCAAAUUUUGGCCGUCACAUGCUUCCAGAGCAACUGACGCCAACCAAACGCUCUUCGCAAAGAUGGAUGAAAUACUCUCUCCAGAAAAAAGCGGAUUUGAAUUUUGGAAAGAGGUCUACCUAGACUGGGAUCACCGAGAUGUCAAUUACAGCGCUCGCCCAUUGCAUUUAGCUGCCUUCUGCGGUCUCGAUUAUUAUGUCAAGAAUGUUAUUCUCCGUGAAACGGACGUAAAUAUGGCAGACCGGUCUGGACGCACCCCACUGGUCUACGCAGCCAUGCAGAACCACGUCGAUGUCGUGCGCACCCUACUGCGGCAUGGCGCCGCGCAUGACAUACCAGGUAACUCAGGGUUGACUCCUUUACACUAUGCCGCGCAAAGAAACCAUGUCGAAUCAUUACGGGCCCUACUCGAAGGUGGCGCUGAUCCCUUGGCAUCCAAGUCGAAGGAGAACGAUCGUUUCAACCCUCAAUGGAACGAUUCCACCAUUGGUGAGACAGCCCUGCUACAAAAAUAUGUUGAAUCGCAUAUUGUCCGAAAUGGCCCCAUCCACUGGGCUGCAAAAGCGGGUAAAGCAAGUAUCUUACACGUCUUAGACGCCAAUGGAAACACGCCUCUAUAUCUGGCGGCAUGUGAACAUGAGAGUGCUGCUGUUCGGACACUGUUGGACCACGGGGCUGAUGUUCGCACAUUGUCUUGGGACACAAGAUCACAUCGCAAUUCAGAGCGGAUGGUGUCAAGCCGCAUUCGUACUACAGAACCUCAACGAUGCUACACACCUCUUCAUGGAUGGGCCCACUUGUCUGGUUUUUAUUCCCAAGUAGUGCGGCUUCUCGUGGCUGCAGGUUGCGAUGUAAACGCGCGAGAUCAUUUGGGCCAAACAGCGCUGUUCGUCUUGAAGAAAAUCGCGAGCUAUCGUGCCAAGGAGGAGGAUCGCGCUGUGGCCACCAUCUCUGUACUUGCCACCCAUGGUGCCGACGCCUCUGUUGUGGAUUAUGAGGGAAACUCGGUCCUUCACCUUCUUGAGAGUCACAUCGUCACGGAAAGUGUACUGCGCUUGCUGAUCGAAGCAGGGAGUGAUAUCAACGCUAAACGAAUAGCGGAUGGGAAAACGGCAUUGAUGAUUCAGGCUGUCGCCAGCCUUUUGGCUGUAGAUCUCAAGCCGUUUCACACAUUUGGUGCUGAUUUCGACAUUCAAGAUGCGGACGGAAAUACAGCAGCACAUCUCGCUGCAAAUGGGGCUAUGCGGAGUAGCCGGCUUGCACAGAGCUGGGUAGCUAUUGCAAACCCAAGCCUUCGAAAUAAUUCCGGCCAAACAGUGCUGCACAGCCUGCUCUGCAGCUCCGGGGUGGAUAGGCCAGGGUUGAUAUCGUCUAUGGUGGAGAAGGGCUUCUCUCUGGAAUCACAGGAUCACCGUGGCCGUACGGCUCUUCUUACAUUCGUCGAUGGGCAACGCUGGAGUGACUCGAACGAGGUUCUGCUGGGGUCACUCCUAGGGCUCGGUGCUAAUCCACGAGCCACAGACUACCAAGGCAAAUCUGCAUUGCACUUGAUUGCAGUGUCAGUCGUGUCAUUUAUUGACGCGGGGAGGUCCGAUGUAGAGAAAAAGAAAGGAUGGAUGAAACAGCUUAUUGAUGCCGGUGCCGAUAUUCGCGCAGUUGACCACACAGGAAACACCGUCCUGCAUGACAGUAUGGCGUGGCGUGAGAGCUGGAGAAUGGUCCAAUCCUCCGUACAUGCGGCCGUGGAGCUGGAAAGCCCGGUUCAGGCGUGCAACCACCAAGGAAGAAACAUUUUGCAUCUAGCCGCACUGGCUGACGAUAGUACUAGAUCAGAAAAGCAGGAGGGUAAGGACGGCAUGGCCACCCGACUCGGGUUUGCGCUGCAGGCACAUAUAGGCCUCGAUAUUAAUGGCCCGGACCAUGAAGGGAUCACUCCUUUGCAUUUGGCGUCCACCGUGUCAGAGCAAAAUACAAGGAGACUGGUCCAGUCGGGCGCCGAUUUCCGACUUCGAACCAACAACCAUGAAACGCCUCUUCAUUCUGCUGCAAGGGCUUGCCAAAGCAAUAUUGUUGGCUACCUACUGGAGCUGUACCAAGGCAACUUAGACUUGGUCAAUGCCCGGAAUCUCACAGGACGGACAGCUUUGCACGAGGCUGCCAGGAACGGGAGACAGGAGUCUGUGAAGCUCUUGCUCGAUGCCGGGGCAAACCCCACCAUCCAAGACGCCCGGGGCCGGAGUGCUCUACAUGCGGCAGGCGAGUUCGAGGCCCGAAGCUGCUUUUCAAGUGAAGGCAGUCAGCCUAAGAAAGAUACCACUAAGGACAACUCUCUUCAACGGAUGAGGGUGAUGAUUGAAACGGAGGAUGGGAGCAAGAAUAUUCGGGAAGUUGUUCGAUUGCUCGUAAAUUCCGGGGCUGAUCCUGCACAACUUGACAACGAAGAACACACCCCAACCGAUGUCGCCUUGAUGCAUGGAUCAUCAGCCGUGGUCGAAGAACUCGCACCGAGGAUACAGGCUAUAUACAGCCGUUCCGAUGGGGAUGGGGACGGUCUUUCACCGGUCGAUCCUCUAGGCGAGUCCUUGUAUAACAACAGUUCAUCUGCCCUCCGCUGGGUAGAUGAUUUCUCGGUGCCUAAAAACCAUCGGCAGCUGCUUGAGCGUGCGAUCUCUACUGGCAACGAACUGUUGGUGGAAAAGCUGGUACGAACGAAGCGGCUUAGACUGAUCGAGGAUGAUGGCACGUCGGCUCUUUGCUUCGCGGUCCGCUGGGGGUGUGUAUCGAUGAUGAGGAGAUUGGUGCCCUAUUCCGGUGAUCUCAACUCAUGCUCUCCUCCGCUGUUGAUUGUUGCCGCAGAGCGGCGUCUCCCCAACAUCGAGAUGAUCAAAUUGUUGGUUGAAUGUGGCGUUGACCCCAAUGCCCAAUAUACUGACGAGAAGUACCGGCAUGGUGUGACUGCGACUCACAUUCUGGCCAGAGGGAAACAUUGGUGGAAUGUCAGCGGACUGGCAUGUCUUCUGGACGCUGGAGGCGACACUGAAGUCAAAACAUUGGAUGGCAAAACACCACUCCAUACCGCACUCGAGUCUGGCGACUCGGGAUAUUCAUCGGGGGAAGUCUGGCCUGACCGGACGCUGCAGGUUCUCGUGCAGCACGGCGCCGAUGUCAACGCCACCACUUCGGAAGGAGUCGCGCCUCUCCACACUGCCUUGAGCAAUCAAAGGGACGGGGAUACCCUCGCGCUCCUGCUUAGCAGUGGCGCAGACCCAUCCCUAGGAGACACACCGGCUAUAUUCUCUGCGCUGCGUGCGCGCGACCCAUCAGCACUGAAGGUCAUCCUGCAAGCCGGCAUCGACCCAAACCUAGUACAUAAGCCCCGCGGCAAGAAGCGACGCCCGAAGAAGGUCGAGGAGCAGACUCCGCUCGAACUAGCCGCGAGUCCAUCCGGCUCGAUCGACCUUCGCUGGACAGAUAUCAUCGCCGCCCACGAACAGUGCAUCUCGUUGCUCCUCGACCACGGUGCUAACCCCAAUCUCCCCCUACGAAACGGCCUGUCCACCCCUCUCCACGAGAUCUGCAGCCUCAACGGCCUCAUCAAGCCGAUCAUCCGGGCUGGAUGCGAUCUGGAACAGCGGGACGCAGACGGUCGAACCCCACUCCACCGUUCGUGCAUUGGAUCCUUUUCUUAUCCUUACGACCCGAGCAUCAACAAGGAGUAUGCGUCGCUGCAACUGGUCGAGAGCGGAGUCAGCGUGCACGUCGCAGACGACACCGGAUCCACUGCACUACACUACGCGGCGCAGCACGGCAUGAGGUCCACCGUGAAGGCGCUCCUCGCGGCGUCCGCGUCCCCAGCCGUCAAAAACAACGCCGGCUUCACCCCAUUCUACUACGCACUUUUAAAGCCCAGGUGCGACAUCAUCAAUGCGCUACUAGACGCAGGGGCCAACCCGCUGGAGCGCGGGCCAGACGGCCGCACCGCUCUUCACUUCCUCGCGCCCUGCCUGAUGGAAUACGACUACACCUCACUCUAUGAUGAUUCCGAAGAAGAAGAAGAAGACGACGACGAAAACGAAGACGAAGACGCAGAAAACCUCACCCGGUUCGGCCGCCUCUACCGCCGCCUAGUAGCAAGCGGGUGCGACCGUUCCGCACGCGACAACGACGGCAACACGCCACUCUUCGCAUACGUAGCGACAGUGAAACUCUACCACGAAGACGUGGAGACGCCUCGGCCUCCGACAGCCGCGGACAUGGGCGCGCUGUUCGCGGAGCACGACGUGCAGGCGCGGAACAACAAGGGGGAGACGCUGCUGCAUGUGGUGGCGCAGCGGGACGAUCUCGACAAUGCGCUGGUGGAUGCGCCGGAGAUCUUCACGGCGCUGGUGGAGAGGGGGCUUAGUCCGUGGACGGAGGAUGGGGAGGGGGCGACGGCGUUGGAUGUGGCGGCUGCUUUUGAGCAGGAUGAGAUCUUGGCAUUAUAUGCGCGGGAUGAGUAG